AACAGUUCCCACUUCUGUUGGUUCCUGACAAAAGCUCAGUGUGUUUUUCAUCCAGAGUACGAUGUGCUUGUUGAAGGGACCUGGGUUUUUGCUGCUGCUGCUGGCAGCGAUCAGCACUAACGCUGCACCAACCCAUGAACACUGCUCCACCGUGACCAAAAGAAUGCCAACAAAGCACCUGCACAGGAUCUUUGGCGAAUGGGUUCUGGUCUGGUCCGUUGCUGAUCAUGAGGAUGGCCACAGCUUGCUGGCCAACUGCUCCAGUUCUCAUGUAGAGUUCAAACUCCUCCCUGGCAACAAAACCUUCGAGUGCAUCGAGAGGAACGUGUACAAAGGAAGUCUUGACUCUUGUACUACCUACUAUGAAAACAUGACGAUACCCACUGAUGACGCUGAGCAUCACACACUGAAAUACGAUUCCAUCAGAGUGGAGAAGGAUGGACAGGUUGAGCCGUACAACGAUACAGGAGACAUGGACUUUUACGAGGGUUGUCAUGACUGUCUGGCAAUGACCUACAAAACCUCGACGAUACGAUUCCUCCUCAUCUACAAGAGGGAAGGAGCACACCGCGAUGUCGAGCAUCAUAAGACCCACCACAAUGAUCUUAAGAAACUGGCCGAGUGUCUGAAGUUCCCUCACGACAGAGUGUAUACUUACGACGGACUGGCAGAUUUUUGUCACAAGAAAUCCGCUCCAGAGGCCAGUCAAUCUUGAGUAGAUCAAAAGUGGAAAGAUCAGCCGAUAUGUGAAAAAACAUCAUUAAAAGUUAAAUGAAAAUAUGUUCUGAACCC